CCACCCCUCAGUUCAGGCCUCCUUCCAAAAGCCUCCCCCCUCCUUGGCAUCCAUCUCCCUUGCCUUCGGGAACGUGUUUGGAACAGUCGCCUUCCCCCUGCUUUUUCUCAGAUCUCUGCUGCAGGGAGGUUCAGAUUUCUCCUGACUGCACUUUGGGGAAGGAUUGGAUAAAGGAUGAAAACGCUUAUUCUACAGUUUGAAUGCAGUGCUGGGGCUUACCUGCCUCCCCGAGGUCAUGGGAAAUCCCGCCAUCAUCACCUUGACACCGCUUUUGGGGGGGAAAGCAACCUUAUCUUCUCCAGUCAUCUCAAGUUCUCUGCCUCCUGAGGGUCUGAGCUCCCCAGAUUUCUUUGUCCAGGGUUGGUACCAGGUUGUGCCUCUUUUCUACUUUUAGCCUCAAGGUCCCUUUUAACUUUCUUUCUAAAGAAAUGGCCUUUACAGGGUGCACUGGGCAGAGGUUUGUCAUUUUCUAUGCUAGUUUUGUUUCUGUAUUCUUGGAGAGGACGGCCUUUUUAGGAUAUGGAUAGGGUGCUUUGAAGAGCAGUUGGAUCCCGGUGACUGACUCCCAGAGCUGCUUAUCUGACCCCACCACCACACUGCUAUUUAACCAGACACCAUGCCACAAGGAGAGUGACCUCUUCCUUUGUUUUCACAAUGGAAGACUCCGGAAAGACUUUCAGUUCUGAGGAGGAAGAAGCGAACUACUGGAAAGAUCUGGCUAUGACCUACAAGCAGAGGGCAGAGAACACGCAGGAGGAACUCCGAGAAUUCCAGGAGGGAAGCCGCGAAUAUGAAGCUGAAUUGGAGACGCAGCUGCAACAGAUUGAAACCAGGAACAGGGACCUCCUGUCGGAGAAUAACCGCCUUCGUAUGGAGCUGGAAACCAUCAAGGAGAAGUUUGAAACUCAGCACUCUGAAGGCUACCGGCAGAUUUCAGCCUUGGAGGAUGACCUUGCCCAGACCAAAGCAAUUAAGGAUCAACUUCAGAAAUACAUCAGAGAGCUGGAGCAAGCAAAUGACGACUUGGAAAGAGCAAAACGGGCCACGAUCAUGUCUCUGGAAGACUUUGAGCAGCGUUUGAAUCAAGCCAUUGAAAGAAAUGCCUUCCUGGAGAGUGAGCUUGAUGAGAAAGAGAAUCUCCUAGAAUCUGUUCAGCGACUGAAGGACGAAGCCAGAGAUUUGCGGCAGGAGUUGGCUGUGCAGCAGAAGCAGGAGAAGCCCCGGACCCCCAUGCCUAGCUCGGUGGAAGCCGAAAGGACAGACACAGCUGUGCAGGCCACUGGCUCUGUACCAUCCACUCCCAUAGCUCAUCGGGGACCCAGCACUAGCUUAAACACACCAGGGACAUUCAGACGUGGUCUGGACGACUCCAUGGGUGGGACUCCCCUCACUCCUGCAGCACGGAUAUCAGCCCUCAACAUUGUGGGAGACCUGCUUCGGAAAGUAGGGGCCCUGGAGUCCAAACUUGCGUCCUGCCGGAACUUUGUGUAUGAUCAGUCCCCAAAUCGAACAAGUGGCCCAGCCUCCGGGCGGGGGAGCAAGCACAGAGAUGGCAGUGAGAGACAGCCAAGCAGCACCGGCGUGCCUCUGGGUGAUAAAGGGUUGGGAAAACGCCUGGAAUUUGGGAAGCCGCCUUCAAAUAUUUCCUCACCGUCGCUGCCGUCAGCCCAGGGUGUAGUCAAGAUGUUGCUUUAGGAAAUCCACGGAAGCUGAAGCCCCGGUGUGCCUGUGCGGGAAUCAUACCUUUCUUCCCCUCUUUAAACUAGGUUUUUGUGUUUUGAAGCUAGUUUGAGAAAUAGGAGCAAACAGUCACAUUAGCCAAUGAGGCCGUCGCCCGUGGCCCCAAGAAAUGUUGUAUCGUAAUCCCCAUCCUCCUUGCUGGUGUGUUGCAAAUGGGACAGGGACAAACCGGAGCCUGUGGAAAGGGUGCUAAGGUGUGGAUGCUGAGGCUACCCCAUCAUUGUGAGCUGACCAGACUCCCGAAUGGUUUUGAGAUGCGUUUUUAAUGUCUGGAGAUGCCGUAAAAGUGGGAUGUGAGCCCAUCUCAGACUCAGGCUAUCUUCUAGAACAAAACUUUGCUCUGUGGCACAGAAAGGGUCUGUGUGAUGAAAUCAUGUCUAGGAGAGCAGAGUAGAAUAGACACAUACCUUUUAAAAAAGAAACUAUGGUGUAGUGUGCCUCUGGGACAUCUUAAUCUGCCUCUUACUGAGGCAUUUGGAUGUGUGCUUGUUUCAGAGGGGAUCUUGUGUAGACCAAGUCAGUUGGAAAGUUCGCAUCCUCUUUAGAUCGAUCCUGAUCGUUAGUUUUCCUGGAACUUCUGCCCUGGCCUGAGGUUGACCUUUGUUUGCUUCAGGACCCUGACAGUCUUUGGGGUGGCAUGGCCUUAUGAAUGCAGCCCUUAAGAGCAGGACUUCAUUCAAAGCCUUGAUAAAAUCAUCAGGGUGACCUCCAAAUAAGAUUAAACCACAGGAUUGUUGUUGGAAGCUUCCUUGUCAAAGAAGAAACAAACAUGGGAUUUCCACUCGGAUGUUGUAGGUACCCAACCCUGCUUGUUGUGAACUGUGUCUCACGCUUUUGGAGGCAAGUAAAAAAGAACACAUGAAUUCAGGAGCAUGCAUGCAGCUUAAUGACCUUUUUUACUAAGUUAUUUUUCCAAAAGAAUAGCAAAAAUAUCCUUGAGUUAAAAAUAGAACUUCACAAGUGCUACUGAAAUUCAACAGAGAAUUGAUCUCUGGUGCCUGGUUCCUUACCCUGGGAACAUUCUAACCUGUAUCGGUAAAAGACAUACUUUUAUUUUUUUAAAAGAACAAUAAAAUCAAGAGAAACUAA